CUACACCCCCCUGGCCCCGGCUCUGUUCCUUUUGAGAGUCAAGCUGAGAGUUUCCUGUGUUUGGGAAAGAUCAUUGUUGAGGUACAGGAUUAGGGUGUCUAGGAGAGGACUUGAAACACAGGGCCUCAUCAGGAGGCUUCUUGAAGGUUAGGGUGUGUGUGUGUGUUCUCAUUAACUUUCCUCUUUACUUUCUGAAUUCAGCAUUCUGGAUCCGAGGAAGACAUAACCUGUGCUCGGCCACCUCUCUCUGGCCCUGUUAGUCUCGGAGACACUGACCUUGCUGCUCAGCUAAGGGUCUUCCGCUUCUCUAAACCCAGCCAGCUGAGUGGCCCUGUGUGCUGGUGUCAGGGCGUGUGAAGAGGGGCCAUCAAAGCAGCAGAGCAAGAGCCCUCGGGGGCCUCCGGCAGAGGAUUGAAGCUGGCACCUUCAAGGACUAUGAGUGAAUUUUGGCAUAAACUGGGCUGCUGUGUGGUCGAGAAACCCCAGCCGAAGAAGAAGAGAAAGCGGAUUGACCGGACCAUGAUUGGGGAACCAAUGAACUUUGUCCACCUGACCCACAUUGGCUCUGGGGAGAUGGGAGCUGGAGAUGGACUUGCCAUGACAGGUGCAGUUCAGGAGCAGAUGAGGUCCAAGGGAAACCGGGACAGGCCUUGGAACAAUUCUAGGGGCUUAUAGCGCCCAUCGAAAUAAAUGAUUCUGCCAUCUUGAAGUUCCAACUCUGUCCAGCCCAGAAGAAAUGCUGCCUUCACUUGCUCCCUGCUAGGACUUCUAGAACCCAAGGGUCCCUCCUUUCCCUCUGCCUAACAGUGCCUCCGAGGCAUGGGGGCUGGACUCCUCCUCCUCCUCUCUGGCUGUCACCCCUCCUGGCGAUGGGUCAAGGCAGCUGGACUGACCGAGUGACCCCUGGCAGGCCAGAGGAACUCAGUGGAAACCCUGGACACCCGAGAUCUGAGAGUGGAGUUGCCAUCUCCUGAAUGAUGGUCUGGGUGCCACCUCUUUGAGAACUCUUAGCCUGGAACUCCUUACGCGGGGUGGGUAGCUGAGAUAGCCAAAGCUGAAGCCGGCUUUCCUGAGAAGCUCUCUACCUCCCUGCCCUUCUCUUUCCCCUGCUGAUGAUCCAAAGCUCGCGUCGGCAUGGGGCUGGGAGGGCAGCCACUGCCCAGGCGGCUCUUUGUCGUUAGACCUUAAGCGCUAGCCCCUCCGUAUCCCUCAUUCUGCUGACACCAGGGUCUUGCCAAAUCCUGCUUCUGUAGCCUCGCUAGCUUCCCAGCGGCAGUCCUUUUUUCUUUUAAUUAAAAUUUUAAUUUAAGAUGACUUAAUUACCCCCAUCCCGCUCCUCCCACGUCCUUGGCCCUUGGCCUCCUCCCUGUUCGGAACCUCAUUAUUUCCCAUUGAGUAAGUGACAGGGAUCCUAACUGUCGACAUUCCAUUUAAGUCUUGGGGGACCUGGCCCGCCCUCUGCCACCCUCCCUGCUGGCCCAGGUGAGAGAAGAAAGAGGGUCUGAAGAGAAAGCCGAAUGCAGAGAGCGGAGGAGCACUUCCGGCCCAUGGGGCGGACACGGGCUGAAGCUCCCCUGGUGUGAGAGGCUCUGUAGCCAGGGAGCAGGGAGUGGCCGACAAGGUGCUCAGCGAGGCACGCUCGACUUUCUGGACCUGUAGUUCUUUAUUCCAGAGGGCUGCUUUGUCAUCAGGAGAUGUUUAGCAGCAUCUCUGGCCCACGUAAGUUUUGGCAACCAAACAUGUCUUCAGAAAUUGCCAAAUGUCUCCGGGGCAGAACUGCCUCAGGCUGGGAAGCGCAGCUCCGAAUCAAGGCACUUUGAAGGGUUUUCACUCCUGUCCUAGGACUCUUGUAAAGUAGGCUCAGAAGGUCACCGCAUCGUCGUCAUUCCUUGGGCUGCGUGGCCAGAGUCUGCACCGGGACGCACCGAGCUGCUCGUCCUUGGAGUGUGGAGACAGGAACAGUGCGGACUUGGGGAGGCGCCCUCCCUCCGCAGUCACCCCCUCCAGCUCGGCUCUGUUGCUGUUCCCAGCCCCAGAAGCAGACACAACUAAGACUCAGGGAGUUUUGUCUGAAGACCAGACCCACCCGUCUGGCUGCAGGGUGCUUUGGACAGGAAAGCAGUGGAGGACAGGGUCUUUAGGCACUUUGUUUUCUCAGGUGUUUUUGUUCUGGCCCCUUCUUUGCAGGGCGGUCAGGAAGGCAGAUGGGCUCCUGCCUGCUCCGAGACGGGGUGGUGGGGGUCUCCUUGGCUCUGUAGCAGGGUCAGAGCUGGAGUCGCAUCCAGUCUGCUAAUUCCAUCCAGCCAUCCAUUUUGCCCCCAUUUAGUUUUUCAAAUUUCGGUGUGCUUUAGUUCAAGGUCUAAGAUGGGUGACGGAGGUGCAUUCCCAAGUCCUCGCAGUUCUGCUCAAGCAAGUUGCUCUGAUGCGUGGCCCACCUGCUGCCCAGGAGCCUGGUAGCCUGGGUUAGACUGGGGUUGGUGAGGGCGGGUAAGGAGAAAGGUGGGAACUCCUGUCUCCUGCCUCACCUAGUGGCUGUUCUCUGGGCAGCCUGGUGCUCUUGCCUUGAGCUACCUUCCCUUUGUGUGUUCCACCUUCACGUUGACAAAGUGAUGGGAAUGGGGUUGACAGUCAUAAUUUAUAUUAAGAAUUUGUUGGACUUUUAAAUGCAUUUUUCAAAUAAAAAUGUAAACAAAGGAGUUGCAGAGUAAUCAUUGC